GGUUUGGUGAGCGUCGUACGCCUGUACCUGCACAGCGACGACUUCUUUCCCUCGAUGCUUGCGUCGCAAUCGAAUCGAUAUGAUAGUAUAAUUGCAUAUGCAAAGGGAACGGAGAGUUGACUUGCAUUGCUAGUUGCAGCUUCGCCUCGAACAAAUGCGCACAGCUCCCUCCUACACAUCUCGCAACGCGACAGCAGCGAUGGAGGAGGCCGGGAGAAGGAUCGAGAGAGAAGAGCAGCAGCGUGGGAGGGGGAGCGGCAGGGUUGCGGCCGUUGAGGUUGGUGGCGGCAGCGAGAUCGAGAUAGAGAUGGAGGCCGCCUCGGCAGGUUGCGGGGUUUCUUCGUCGGGGCAGCAAGACCAUGUGGAAGACGGCCUCCUGCAGAGACCAACAUGGAAGAGAUUUCUAGCACACGCUGGACCUGGUUUUCUUAUUUCCUUGGCUUACCUUGACCCUAGCAAUGUGCAGACUGAUUUGCAGGCUGGAUCAAGUCACAAAUACGAGCUGUUAUGGGUUCUCUUCUUUGGGUUCAUUUUUGUGUUGAUCAUACAAUCAUUGGCAGCAAAUCUGGGCAUCAUCACAGGAAGGCAUCUUGCCGAGCUGUGUAUGUGUGAAUACCCAAAGUAUGUUAAGUACUGCCUUUGGUUGCUCGCUGAGGUUGGUGUGAUUGCUGCCACUAUACCAGGAGUUCUAGGAACCGCUUUGGCAUACAACAUGCUGCUCCACAUCCCUUUUUGGGCUGGUGUUCUGAUAUGUGGAGCAAGCACUCUCCUGCUUCUGGGUUUACAGUGCUAUGGGGCUCAGAAAAUGGAGCUCGUUGGAGUUAUUUUUAUGCUCGUCAUGGCUGCUUGCUUCUUUGUAGAACUGAGCACUGCCAAUCCUCCUAUGGGUGAGGUAAUCAAGGGGCUGUUUGUCCCAAGAUUGCAGGGAGUUUAUGCUACAUCAGAUGCAGUUGCACUAUUUAGUGCUCUGGUUAUGCCGCAUAACCUCUUCCUACAUUCUUCACUGGUGCUAUCGAGAAACAUAUCAUCUUCACCCAAAGCAGUCAAGGACGCUUCCAAAUUUUUCUUGAUUGAGAAUGCAUUUGCUUUGUUCCUUGUGCUACUUGUUAAUGUUUCCAUUGUGUCAAUUACGGGGACUAUAUGCGCUGGUAAUGAGUUGGUUGACGACAUCAACACAUGCAGUAGUCUUACGUUAAUUUCAACAUCUGGAUUCCUCAAGAAUCUGUUUGGGAAAUCAAGAUCAACAAUAUACGGUUUGGCAUUAUUAGCUUCUGGUCAAAGUUGCACAGUUAUCACCAGCUAUUCUGGACAAUACAUUAUGCAGGGUUUCUCGGGUAUGAGGAAAUGCAUCAUUUAUCUUAUUGCUCCUUGUUUCACCGUUAUACCUAGUUUGAUAAUUUGCAGCAUUGGUGGUGCCUUAAGUGUUCGACAACUUAUCAACAUAUCUGCGAUCAUACUGGCUUUUGCGUUGCCAUAUGCUCUGAUUCCUCUCCUCAAAUUCAGUAGCAGUUGUGCAAUGAUAGGACCAUACAAAUACUCAAUAUAUAUUGUCCGAUUCACAUGGAUACUCUCUACGGUAAUCAUGGGGGUCAAUAUUUAUUUCUUUUGCAAUAGCUUCAUCAAUUGGCUUGUGCAUAGUGAACUCCCAAGGAUAGUGAAUGCAAUAAUUAGCACCCUUAUCUUCCCUUUCAUGGCGGCAUAUAUCGCGGUUCUAAUCUACUUGGUUUUCAGAAAAGUUAGUGUUGCUAGUCCAUUCCCCUCAAUGUCAGUUUCCUGUGAGACUGAAGUCGAAGAAGUACAAAGGCAAGAUGAUAAGGUUGAUGAUUUCUCUGUACAUUGAUAUGUCUAGAUGAUGAUACUAAGUAUCAGUGAAAUUCCUUCAUGAACAAAGAAUCAGCUCGUUCAUAUGGCAUAUAUUCAUGGACGGCAUCAACCAAUGAAAGAUGUGUAUAGCUAUAUAUAAUUUUAUUGAUAGUUGUUUUAUCUAUUGAAGAUGGCAUCUAGUAUAACGAAUUUAUGUGCCCAUGGCUGCUCAGAUUAUCUUACCUGGCCAAUAUGCUUACAACAUAUCUGAAUGUGGAAAAAUUUACAGUUCCCACGAGAUCUAAACUGUUUCUUACAUUUGUUACUUUCGGCAACAUGGAAGCAAUAUAUGCUAUGGAAUUCAAGUU